AUGGCGUAUUUCAGCCAGAGUCUGAGUGGGAUGGCUCUGGAAUGGUACACCCGCCAAGAAGCUAGCAUGUGGUACACUUGGGACGACUUGGCUCAGGCCUUUGCUCGGCACUUUCAGUACAACAUAGACAUUGUCCCGGAUCACCUAUCCUUGACCAAGGUAGAGAAGAAGCCCAAUGAAAGUUUUAGGGAAUACGGUUUUAGAUGGAGAGAGCAAGUUGCACGGGUCAACCCUCCGAUGGAAGAAGAUGAGAUGGUCAAGUACUUUCUUCAAGCCUUAGAGCCUACGUACUUUGGCCAUUUGAUCUCAGCCAUAGGUAAGUCCUUCAAUGAUGUGGUAAAGAUGGGAGGAAUGGUGGAAGAGAGACUCAAGUCAAGCAAGAUCAUGAGCUACUCCGCCAUAAAAGCAACCACUCAGGCAAUUCAAAGUGGCACCGGAAGCUUGUUAGGAAAAAAGAAGAAAGAUGAUGUCGCUAUGGUUGCCUCUGGAUCAUGGAGUGGCCCAAGGAUUUCGCCUCACCAGCCAGAUUAUAGGAGAGAAAGGCAGCAGCGAAAAGAAACCUUCACCCCACUUGGAGAGUCCUAUGCCAGUUUGUUUCAAAGGUUGAGGCAAUUGGACGUCUUGAGGCCGAUUGAGCCAAAAAUACCAAAUCCCCCUCCAAAAAAUCUUGAUUAUUCCCUCAGAUGUGCAUAUUGUUCUGAUGCCCCAGGGCACGACACCGAGAAGUGUUGGCAUUUGAAAAGGGCAAUCCAAGAGCUUAUUGAUAUAAAUGAAAUUAUGGUCCAUAGCCCAGAUGCGCCAAACAUCAACCAAAAUCCUUUGCCAGCCCAUGCAGAGACACAUAUGAUUGAAAUAGUUCGUAAGGAUGGGGAGCCCAAGAAUUCUUCCAAGUCCUUCAUGAUGAUCCGUGCUAGCGAAGGUAAUUCAUUUAAGGCUCCAGAUUCUACAAAAGCAAUGCCCUUGACAGUUGAAGGGGUGACGGAGAAGCUAAGAACGCUCAACGUGAAACCACCUGUAUUGGUUGUGGAAGUGCCUCCGGAUGAUGUUGGAGCGAGCCAGGAAAAGCCAAAAGUGUUCGUGCCAGGGAUCCCAAGCAAGCCUAUCAUAGUCGUGGAAGGGCUCGUAUUACCCCUAUUGUUAUUAAGCUAG